AUGUUCAGAAAUUUGUCUCCGAAAGAACAGGAAACUUUUGCAAAUAAAGAGCUCUUCCGAUAUUUUAGAAAAUUAAAAAAGUCGACAAAACAACAAAAUUCAUUUAACGAAAAAGAUCUAAACAAUUUACCAACUGAAUGUAAUGGAAGAAUAGAUGCAUUGUGGUUGUGGGUGAAUGGAACAGAUCCGACAUGGAUUUCCAAAUACAAAAAGGUUAUCAAUUUCAAGUACGACCCAAACAAAUUUCGAGAUUACAACACCCUGUUUUACUCUUUAAGGAGUGUCAAAAUGUUUGCGCCAUAUAUCAAAAAUUACUUUCUUGUGACAGACAACCAAAUACCAAAUUUCCUUGAGCGCCCUUUGAACGAGACUGCUUAUAUACUAAAAGACGGAGAAUACACUUUGGAAGUCGUUUCUCAUCAAGAAAUAAUACAAAAAGAAGUUUUGCCAGUGUUCAGUAGUGAUAACUUGGAAUUGCAUUUACAUAACGUGAAGAACCUCGGGGAGUGUUUUGUGUAUUUCAAUGACGAUUUUAUAUUGAACCGACCAACUCCUUUAAAUUACUUUUUCGAGGACAAAAAAGCCAAAUUGUAUAUCACUGGAAAGACGGGAAGUGUCAAGUUGGCGAAGACAAGAAUGUGGGACAACUCUACUUUUCACACAAACACUUUGAUCAAUCGGAAGUUCAUGUAUAAGAAAGAGAAAGAACACUACUUCCAAUCACACGUUGAAUAUGUUAUGAGGAAAAGCAUUUUGAAGUUAAUAGAAUCUGAAUUUAACGAGGAAUAUAGAAAACAGGAAACGAAAAGAGUGAGGGAAUUUAACUCGUUAAAUAUUCCUUAUUUAUCUAUGCACUACCUUCAGAACUUAGAACUCGGAAAAUACGAAAAACAGUCAGAUUUGAACAUUUAUUGGCCAUUAACGAACCAACAUUUAAAUAAUUUCAAAUAUUUGAUGGUCAUAAAACAUUAUGAACCAUACUCAUUGUGUUUGAAUGAUAGACUCAACUGGAAAAACGAAACUGAAGCAUCUCAAGAAAUCAGUUUUGCACUUGACUGGCUUGGAAGUUUUUUAACAGAAAAAUUUCCUUUUGAAAAGUAA